AAUUAGUCCAAACAAGGCAACGUAAGCCAACAACAAACCUUCCUAAUUCCACUCUCAGGUUUCCUCUUUCAAAUACAAAUCCAACACAAGAAAAUUCAAUCUCUCUCUCACAUAUCACAUUCUUCAAUUGCAUAACAAAGUCUCCCACAAAUCCUCAAAUCAAACAAAGAAAAGAAAAGAAUUUCUCAAAAUGUGGCAUCUUAGCAGGAAACCCAACACACCAUCUCGCACUACUACUCAACCAAACAACAAUAAUCUUCAACCCUUUUCCCCAAGAAAUUCUAUCUUUCCAAUCUCUGAUACUGGCGUUUUCAAAAAUAUCUGCAUUAUAAGACUCGUAAACAAGGAUGAUGAUGAUCAACAUGUCCAUUGUAAUAACAAUUCAUGCAACUUAUGGGAUUUUUUUGCUUACUUGUCCUCUCCAACGCAGUUUCAUUCUGUGGCUAUUCCUCGCUGUCCAUCUUUCAGAAUUGAAGUGAUCGCAAUCUUGUCUGAUAACUUUUUAUGCACUAAAUUCACAUUAGGUCCAAACCCUUUUUCUUCUUUGUGUACUUAUACUUGCAGUGACAAUGAAUUAUCGGAUGUGCCUAAAAUGCAUUGUGAAGAUCGUAAUCUUGUUGCUGCUGCUGCUGCCUUUCUUGAUGGAUUCCUCUAUCUUGCUGGUGGUUAUAAGGGCAACCCUCCUGAUGUUGAACCCUCAGUUUAUUUGAAUAUGUCGGAGCGAUUGAACCUGAAGACAUGGGAAUGGCAAACAUUACCAGACAUGCAAAACCAACGAGCAUUUGCAACAGGAGCUGCUCAUAGAAACAAGUUCUACGUCGUGGGUGGCAGCACCAUUGCAACUCUUAAACACUCGGCUGAAAUCUAUGAUCCCAAAACAAAUUCAUGGAAGUUUGUAAACUCAUUUGUGCCAAAAGAAGCAGAUGGAUAUGCUGUUGCAUCAUUCAAUGGUCAGUUACUAAUACUCACUUGGUCUGAUAGGCUAGGAAUGAAACUGUGGCUAUGGAUAGAAAUGGCUAGUCCAAAUUCAUUUGGUAAUAGGCCGAGAUUGAUCAGUUGCUUUCCUUGUAAGCAAAUUGAGAUGAUGACACUAAGGCAAAAUGGUGCAAAUAUGGUGAGAGUUGGAAGGGAAUUAUGGAUUGUAGUAGGAAAAAAUGACAGAAUUUUCCAAGUUGAUGGCAGGUGUGCUUGGCCAGUUUUUCCUGCACCAUUCUUCAGGCCAAGUGAUGAACACAAAGUCCAGCAUAAGGAAGAGAUUUAUGCAUUGUCUUUCAGCAGGGGAUUAAGAGUAACAUGGAGAAAAAUUCCAGUUUAUUAUAUUUGAGUUCGGAUAAAAGAAAACAUGAGGGUGACUGUUAAAUGAUACUUUCAGAUGGAACUCAACAACGAGGGAUUGGCAGGCUUGGUGCUAGAAGAGGAAGGGGAGGAUAUUGGGAUGCAAGAGGAUCUAUAAUGGUGUCUGGUUGGUCGUAUACUGGCUGACAAAAUGAUAAAUUUUCAGGCCAUGAGGAAUACAAUGGCCAUGUUGUGGAGGCCUUUACAAGGGGUAAGCAUUAACGAACUUCAUAAUGAUAGUGAACGCAAGGAACAAUGCUAUUUGUUCCGAUUUUUUCACGAGGUUGAUGUCAAAAGGGUGGAGGAUGGGGGGCCUUGGACAUUCAACAAUUAUCACAUCCUGUUGCAUAGACUGGUGGAACAUGAAGACCCUCAAGACGUGGAUAUAAAUUGGGUGGAUUUUUGGAUUCAGGCUUAUCGUGUCCCCAUUGGAUUUCGGAGUGAAAAGGUUGCCAGGAACAUAGGGAAUUAUAUUGAAAAAUAUGUUGAUUCUCACCCAAACAAUUUUGAUGAUUCUUGGAGGGACUAUAUGCGUAUCCGAGUAAAGGUGGAUGCUACAAAACCUAUCAUAUCUUCCAUGAACAUUAAGAAGGUUGGUGGGGUAUGGUUUAAGAUUGAGUUCAAAUAUGAGAGAUUGGUUAUAUUCUAUUUCAUUUGUGGUCUUAUCGGUCACUCAGACAAAUUUUGCCAUAAAAUUCUAGAAAACUCAGUGAUUGAACACACCUUAUCAAAAGAUGUAAGAGCCCCACCGAGGAGAACACAGGUGGCGAGUGUUGGCGAACGGUGGUUGAGAGACGGGCGGUCAAGCAAAUCUGGGCAAGAAUGGUGUAAUCCUCUUCAAUAUGGUAUUAACAUGAAUCAAGGAGGAAAUGUUGAUGUACAGUCAAAUAGCUCGGUAAGGAAAGAAUCAAAAGAUGUAGCAGGCGAGAAUUAUGGGAAUGGAUUGGGCAGUAAUAAGGGGGAAGUGUUUGGGCCGAAGUUGACCUCAAAGGAAGAUAAAGAAGGAAUUGUCAUACAUGAGGACAAGAGACGUAAUAUGGAGGAGGCAGUAACUCUUAACAAGGAAGGGCCCUAUAAUUUAGGCCUAAAUACUCAUAUGGACCAGCUUGGGAAGGAAGUUCUAACUCAAUCAUCUACCUUUCCAAAAAACUUGAAUGGAGCGGGCCUUGGCUUGGACCAGGCCUGCAAGCCAAUAUGAGCAUUAUUAGUUGGAAUUUUCAUGGGCUUGGCAACCCACGGACAAUUCAGUCUCUUCACGAGAUGGUUCAUACUAAGAGGCCACUUUUUCUUUUUUCUUAUUGAAACUUUAGCUAGUAGAGAUAGAGUAGAAGGUGUUA